UCUUGAGAUAUUAUAAGUAGAGAAUAUUAUAUUUGGAUAUAAGAAGAUGAGCCAAAAGUUUGUUAAACUUAGUGUAGAAAAUAAAUCGGGUUUUUGGAGUUGGUUGCGUCGAUGGUUAGUUAUUGAUCCGGAACGCUCAUCUGGAAUUACAUACAACAAUCAAUAUCGUAAACCAGCACCUGGAACACCUGAAAGAAUUUAUUCUAUGCCGUCAAAUUUGCCGGCAUCUGAUAUUUCAGAUAAUCCAUAUUGGAAAAGAGAUAUGCGUCGAAAUUAUCCUAGACCUGGGAUAAUUACACAACCUAUUUUAGCAAAAUUACUUGUGCUUGGAAGUGUAGAACAUCCAAAAAUUCCAGAACCAUCAGAAACUGAAGCUCAAACAACUACACCGGCUAUAACACAAUCAUUAUCAACUAUUUUAUACAAUACUGAGCCAGCUGAGAUUCAGAAACUUGUGUUAACAGAUAAAGGUGUUGCUCCUCAUCCUGGUAACUCUUAUCAUUGGACAUUAGAUAAUAAAAGUGGAUAUCCUUCAACAUACCCAGUACGAACAUUUCGCUAAUUUAUAUUAAUAUUACGGA